AUGAUCCUCAGGCUUCAGCACUUCAUCUACAUAUUUUUCGGGCUACCGACCCUUGCAAAAGCGGAAACCUCGGAGCUCAUCUUAUCAAGAUUUAAAGGUCUUGCAAAAUGGAUGAUAGCUGGCGAAGGGUCCAAUGAACAUUAUAAAUUAACUUUCUGCGCCUGCUACUCCCCAGUCAUCAAUCCAUCGACUAGUAGAGAUUGUGAGUGCUCACCUGAAUUAGAAGGAAAAUCGGCAAUGGAAAGUACACAUCUGAUCAGUUACAGCGCCGCGUGUACACGAAGCUACAACCCGAGAAAGUGCUUGAAUGCAAAGUUCAACCGGAAGGGCAACUACUACUACGUGCGCGUAAAAUUAGCUGGAGCAGCAGUGACGAACCCGGUCUGGCAGAACAUCAAGAACUCCCAUUACAAAACUGCUGAAGUGCUGACUGCGACCGAUAAGGGGCAUUUGGAUAUUUCCUAUCAAAUCUUGAACGGCGGAGAUGAUGAGAGGAGCACCCGGGUCUUUGAGAAGACGCAACAAAUCAGCAAGUGGAAACCAAGGAAGACAUACACAACAAGACCUCCGACCACUUCUUAUCCGUUAGCUACUUUAUCAUCACGAGGCUCAUCCAGUGUUUCUCGUUUGAAUACGAUUGAUGCCAUUCGAUUUUUCCUCUUACGUGAAGGUGUGCGCUCUGGAACGCCGGCCCAUGUUUUUGACAUCCGCGCCUUCAAAGAACGAAUGGUGAUCCACCACAAUGCCUAUCGGGCGAAACACGGCUGCUCGAGUCUAAACCGUGAUUCUGCGCUUGAUGCAGCUGCACAGCGUUAUGCUGACAGAUUGGCGGCCACUCAGGAUUGCUUAAAGCAUGAAAAGCCGAAGAAUUACGGUGAAAACCUGUUCUUCUACGGUGGUCACAAGAUCGUCUCCCCCGAUAUGUUCGCGGAAGCCGUCACCCAAUGCUUCUACCAAGAAGGCAUCAACUAUAACUAUAACCGCUUCACCCCCAACCUCUACCACAAAGUCGGUCAUUUCACUCAAUUAAUCUGGCGCUCAACGACCAGGAUGGGUGUCGGCAUCGCGAUCAAGACCUCGACCGGUCGUGGAAGGUGUGUCCGAUCGUCGGGGCUUCCCCUUGUCUACGUUGUCGUAAAGUACGAUCCGAUGGGGAAUAUGCAGUCGUAUUCGGAAUAUAUGGAAAACGUGGUGCCGCCGAUUUUCAGGAGGAUCGCA